AUGGCUCACCUGGGUGAAAGUAAAUGGACUCACAUGUUUCCUUUUUUGGUGGUUUCCCUCGUGUACUCGGCGAGUGCGGAGUACUCCAACUGCGGUGAGAACGAGUACUACAACCAGACCACCGGCAUGUGCCAUGACUGCCCCAAGUGCGAGCCAGGCGAGGAGCCUUACAUGACAUGUGGCUAUGGCACCAAGGAUGAGGACUAUGGAUGCAUUCCUUGCCCUUCUGAAAAGUUUUCCAAAGGGGGUUACCAGAUAUGCAGGCGUCACAAAGACUGCGAGGGAUUUUUCCGAGCCACCGUCAUGACACCCGGCGAUCAGGAGAAUGAUGCAGAGUGUGGGCCUUGUCUACCCGGUUACUACAUGCUGGAGAACAGACCUCGAAACAUCUACGGCAUGGUUUGCUACUCGUGCUCGUUGGCUCCUCCUAACACCAAGGAAUGUGCAGGCGCCACCUCCGGCAUUUCAGCCGUUUUCCCCAGCACCUCUGGCACAAGCACCUUCUCGCCUUACCAGCACGCUCACAAAGCAGAUCUUUCAGGUCAAGGACAUCUGGCUACAGCUCUCAUAAUUGCAAUGUCUACCAUAUUCAUAAUGGCUAUUGCUAUUGUCCUCAUCAUCAUGUUCUACAUUGUGAAAACAAAACCUUCCGCUCAAGCCUGUUGCAAGAGCCACUCUGUAAAAAAUGUUGAAGCUCAGGCCAACACACAAGAAGAGAAGAAAGAAGUGCAAGAUGACUUAGUCAUGUUUUCUUCCCCUUUGGUUUCUAAGAGAGACAGUGAAAAUGAUGCAUCUUCUGAGAAUGAACGACUUUUAAGUCGUAGUAUGGAUAGUGAUGAAGAAGCCGCGGUCGACAAGCAAGGGACCCCAGAGAGAUGCUUGCUAUCUCUAGUGCAUUUGGCCAGAGAUAAAUCUUCUACGAACAACAAAGCAACUGGGAUUCAGAGUCGAAGGAAAAAGAUACUUGAUGUGUACGCCAACGUAUGCGACGUUGCAGAAGGUCUGAGUCCCACGGAGCUGCCAUUCGACUGCCUGGAGAAAACGAGCCGAAUGCUCAGCUCGACCUACAACACCGAAAAAGCCAUCGUGAAGACGUGGCGCCACCUCGCCGAGAGCUUCGGCCUGAAGCGCGAUGAGAUCGGCGGCAUGACGGACGGCAUGCAGCUCUUCGACCGCAUCAGCACGGCGGGCUACAGCAUCCCCGAGCUGCUAACCAAACUGGUGCAGAUCGAGCGGCUCGACGCCGUCGAGUCCCUGUGCGCCGAUAUUCUGGAGUGGGCGCAGGCGAUGCCGGCUCCCGAACCGGCAGUGACGUCCUGA